UCAAGUACUUCAAUCAUCCUCUUAAACCCUAGUUUCGAACACCCACCAUAGUCGCAGGGUUUAAGCUCUCGUACCAGACAUUACAGAACUCCAUCUCACUCCAUUCCAAUGUUGUAAUAAUGGCUGCUUCGAAGUUGUCUUCAAUGGCAGCGAUGGCAGCUGCAGCUGCCGCAGCAGCUUCAUGUUCCACUUUCCCUAACCGCGCGUACGCCGACGCUCCCUUUCGCUUCUCCCCCUUUUCUUCAUCUCCAUCUCCUCCACCACAGGCUCCUCAGUCGGACUCUAAAUCUGGGUCGGAUUCAAAUGAUCCUCCUGAAGAUUCAAGAGGCGGGUUCAAUCCGGAAUCAUUAGAGAGAGGUGCAAAAGCUCUUAGAGAAAUCAAUAGCUCUCCCUAUCACAAACAAGUGUUUGAUGUGAUGAGAAAGCAGGAAAAAAACCGGCUUGCGGAUAUUGCUGCAGAGAAAGUUCAUUAUGAGGCAAUCCAGGCUCAAGCCGAUAUUGAUAAACAGCGAAAAUGGGGAGAAGACCAGCGGAAUCUAUACCAACAACAAUCACAGGCCAAAGCACAAAUGCUAAGAUACGAAGAUGAAUUGGCUAGAAAAAGAAUGCAGACAGAUCAUGAAGCUCAAAGAAGACACAAUGUUGAGCUGGUUAAAAUGCAAGAGGAGUCAUCAAUACGAAAAGAACAAGCAAGACGAGCAACAGAAGAGCAAAUUCAAGCACAACAAAGACAAACUGAGAAAGAGAGAGCUGAAAUAGAACGAGAAACAAUAAGAGUGAAGGCCAUGGCUGAGGCAGAAGGUAGGGCACAUGAAGCUAAACUAACUGAAGAUCAUAAAAGGAGGAUGCUGAUCGAGAAAAUAAAUGGUGAAAGAGAGAAGUGGCUUGCAGCCAUUAAUGCAACUUUCAGUCAUGUUGAAGAGGGUUUCCGGAUUCUAUUGACUGAUAGGAGUAAAUUGGUAAUGACUGUUGGCGGAGUCACUGCAUUGGCUGCUGGAGUUUAUACCACCAGGGAAGGUGCCAGAGUUACCUGGGGAUAUAUUAACAGAAUUCUUGGACAACCAUCAUUAAUUCGGGAAUCAUCUAUGUCAAGAUUUCCUUGGUCAGGGAUGAUUUCUCGAGUAGCUGACAAAGGAUUCAAGUUUGGUACAGCUGCUGGAUUGGCAGCACCUGGACAAAAUAAAUCUGCUUUUGGAAACAUUGUGUUGCAUCCUUCUCUUCAGAGGAGAAUAGAACACCUAGCUAGGGCCACAGCAAACACCAAGUCUCACCAGGCACCAUUUCGCAAUAUGCUCUUUUAUGGUCCUCCUGGCACUGGGAAAACAAUGGUUGCUAGGGAGAUCGCAAGAAAAUCGGGUUUGGACUAUGCCAUGAUGACUGGAGGAGAUGUUGCACCCCUGGGUGCACAGGCUGUCACCAAAAUUCACGAGAUAUUUGAUUGGGCUAAAAAAUCAAAUAAAGGCCUACUGCUUUUCAUUGAUGAGGCUGAUGCAUUUUUGUGCGAGCGGAAUAGUACAUAUAUGAGUGAAGCUCAGCGAAGUGCUUUAAAUGCCUUACUCUUUCGAACAGGGGACCAGUCCCGAGAUGUAGUUCUUGUCCUUGCUACCAACAGGCCAGGAGAUCUAGAUAGUGCUGUCACUGACCGUAUAGACGAAGUUAUCGAAUUCCCUCUCCCUCAAGAAGAAGAGCGUUUCAAAUUGCUGAAGCUCUAUUUGAACAAGUACCUUGCUGGUGAAGGAGACAGUGACAGCAAUUCUAAGUGGGGACACCUCUUCAAGAAGAACCAACAAAAGAGGAUAACUAUACAAGAUUUGUCUGAUGAUGUGAUUAGAGAGGCUGCUAAGAAGAUAGAAGGAUUCUCUGGCCGUGAGAUUGCAAAACUUAUGGCAAGUGUUCAAGCAACUGUAUAUGGGAGCCCAGAUUGUGUUCUUGAUUCGCAAUUGUUCAAGGAAAUUGUAGAUUACAAGGUUGCCGAGCAUCACCAACGAAUAAAACUAGCUGCUGAAGGUAUGGAGCCAACUUACCAGGGGAAUUAACUGACACCACAAAGAUACAAGUGUCUUUCACUGAUACGAAUUGUUGAAAUUUUGUUUAUCAUCUCUUUGGUAGUAAUGCAUGCAAAAUUCAUUUUUUUCCAAACUUAAGAUAUUUGUAGUUUAGGUGUACUAUUCCUGCUUGGGGAAUGAGCGCUGGAUGGUGGACGUGUUUCAGGGUUCAAUGGGACGUUACACAAUUUGAUGGGGUACAUAGCUCAAUUGGGCUGUAAUUGUAUUGAUUCUCUGGAUCGCAGGAAAAUAAAUCCAUUGAAUAGAUAAAUUACAAGUAGUAGGCAAAACAUGAAGUAGAGCCUCUUUGAAAUAGGUCUUUGUUAUCAAAUAUCAACUAACCUGUCUUUUGAUUACAUACUAAGAAACUAGUGAAACCAUAAAUGUGGUUUUAUUUUGUUUUAUAAAUUGGAUGAGGGGAUGAUUGAUCUUA